UCCAGCUGACACAGCUGGUUCUGAGCACAGCUACGCGUAUAUAUGUAUUUUUAGAAUUAAAAAUAUUGCUAUAUACAUAAUUAGCAUUAAAAAUAAACAUUGAUUUUUUCCAAAAAUAUAAUCUGAGCUGCAACAACGCGAAUUUAACUGAAACAACGCUCUCUCUGGUUGUGACACUUAUAGUGGCUUAAUAAUGGGCUCCGACGACCUCAGCGCAGGCGAUAAAAUCCAAAAGGGUUUCCAGAUCAACUACAUGAUACUGCGCGAUGCGGACACCGGCAAGGUAAUCUGGCAGGAGAACAAGGACUUUUCUGCUCCAGAUGUCGAGCACGAGGCGCGGGUACCCGUCAAGAUUCUGGACAUGCGCGCCGUAUCGCGCGAGAUCAAUUUUAGCACGAUUGAGGCAAUGGAAAACUUUCGGCUCGACCAAAAAGUGCUCUUCAAGGGACGCAUCAUGGAGGAAUGGUUCUUCGAGAUGGGCUUCGUGGGCGCCAACACAACCAACACAUGGCAGAGCACCAUCGAGGCAGCACCCGAGUCCCAAAUGAUGCCCGCAAAAGUCUUAAAUGGCAAUGUGACAAUUCAAACCAGUUUCUAUGACAACGAAACACUCAUCACAAAAUCGGUUGUGCGCUUAUAUUACAUAUAAGCUGUGUGGGCGCCACACCAACGCACGCGCACACACACACAAACACACACAUACACACACCCACAAAAUCUCCCACUGUCAGGUGUUCGUCAUAUAUAUUGAUCUGCUGCGGCUGCGGCUGCGGCGGGUGUGUUCAUUCUUCUGCAUUGCCGCAACGAGAAAUAGUUCAUGAAAUGUUCUCAAUUUAAAUCGUAUCAGCUUGCCAAUGAAUUGUUAUCUGUGGAUAAGAAGCAGAGCCAUUUAUUUGGGCAUUUCUAUGCAAUUGUUUUUUAUGCGUUUUUUAAGCUAGUGAAAACCAUCAUACAUACAUAUAAUGAAACUAGACUAAUGCAUUUUAAUAUCUAAUUAUUAUUUA